AUGCUACCAAUCAUCUGGACCUGUCUGCAGAUCACUUCAGUGGCUGCAGCCAAUUUGCCCAUAGUGGACCUGGGCUAUCAGCGCCACCAAGCAAUUAGCUUUAACUCUACGGGUCACUAUUACCAGUUUACCAAUAUUCGCUAUGCCGAACCUCCGCUAGGAUCCCUGCGAUUCGCCCUCCCCGUCUCCCCGCUCAAUCACACUCGCGAGAUCGUCAAUGGCACAGGACUGGGAUAUAUCUGUCCUCAGUCUCAGGCAUGCUGGUUCGAUGUGCAGAAUGAGUUUGUCGCUGCCGAGACUGCGGGCUCGAGUUUUAAUUUUACCGCUGCGUAUGACCAGGUCUAUGGACUGGAUGGCUGUACCAGCGCACCCACCGCUGCAGAGCGAAAUCUUUUAGAGUCCGAAGAUUGCCUGUUUCUUGAUGUAUAUGUCCCGGAGAAGGUCAUGUCCAUGCGACAUGGUGCGCCUGUGCUGGUGUAUUUCCAGGAUGGAGCAUAUGUGUCUGGGGACAAGUCUGGUCAGAAUCCUUCUGGUUUGAUUCACACCAGCGUGGAAGAUGGUUCUCCUGGUGUGAUCUAUGUCGGAGUUAAUUAUCGAUUGGGUGUAUUUGGAUGGCUAUCUGGCCAGAAGUUCCGAUCUGCCGGGGGCCUUUCCAACGCCGGACUGUAUGAUCAGCGAUUAGCACUCGAGUGGAUACAGCGGCAUAUCACUAAGUUUGGAGGGGACCCCUCGCGCGUCACAGUCAUGGGUGUUUCGGCUGGUGGGGGUUCGAUGACGAUGCAAUUGACGGCCUAUGGACGUGCCAUUCCCCCUCCAUUUGCCCAGAUCAUUGCGCAAAGUCCAGCCUGGGAAGCGGGCACCAAGACCCCGGCCAUUGAGGACAAUCUACUGGAUACAUUCCUGGGGUUGUUGAAUGUAAGCAGCAUCGAAGAGGCCCGGCUUCUGCCGUCUCAGACCUUGAUGGAUGCAAACUAUGUGUUGGUUGCAACUCGUCCGUAUGGAGCUGGUAUAUUGGGACCAGCCAUUGAUGGAUAUUUUGUACCCGACAGUCCCAAGCGACUCUUGCUAGAGCACAAGGUUGAUUCUUCCGUGCGAGUCCUCACAUCCUACACUUCCAACGAAGGAUUUGCUUUGGCCCCAGCCAAUAUCACAGACGAUGCCACUUUUGGAAGAUAUGUCGAUGUGCUGCUCCCUGGGGCCAAUUCCAGCGUACGCGCUCAUGCCAUCAAGGUGCUUUACCCACCCAUCUUCGACGGCAGCUGGCCAUAUCGCAGUCAGCAUGAACGGGCGAAUUUGUUCUGGUCUGAGCUUACUACCAGUUGUAACACUCGGUAUCUACACAGCGCCGUCGCUACGCCGGGGUAUGCAAUUGAAUACGCAGUGACGCCUGCGAUGCAUCUUUCAGAUACCACAUCGGUCUUUUACAACGGAGAAAGCUCUGACUCAUUGAAUGUCACAAUCGCACAUUUGAUGCAACGCCAAAUCGUGCAGUUUGUUAAGACAGGUAGUCCAAAUAUCGAGGGAUAUCCUAAAGUGCCUCUCUACUACGGACAAGCGGAUCUGCUUUAUAUGGGAGAUAAUGGAGUGAGUGUCAAGUCGGCCUCCACGAACACAGACCGAUGCUUGUACUGGCAGCAGGUUGACUUCUGA